UGGCUGCUGCCAGUUCAGCACGUGUUUGUUUGUAAACACGAUGACAGCUGGUCGUGAUACUUGUAUCACGAGACUUUUUAUUUAUGGGUAAAAGCAAAAAGAAGAAGUUUAAGGCUCCAAAGCCUCAGCCAACAGGCCUGCCCAGUGUGAAGAACUUGGAAGCGGACAUUGACGAAUCGGAGGCUAACCUGGCAGUGAAAGAACCGAGCGGCACAGUAGCUGAGAUUAUAGAAAAGCUGCAGAGCCCAAACACAGAAGAUAAGGAAGUGGCCUGCUCAACUCUUGCUAACUUGGUGACUCAGAAUGGCGCCAUCCCAAUUCUUCUGCAGCAGAAUGUUAUUAAAAUUCUGGCUCCACUAAUAGUGGACACAAAUCCUCAUAUCAGACAUGUGGCAUUAGGUGCUCUCAGGAACUUCAGUGUUGAUGGCGGGCAUGAGGUGUGUGAGGAGAUGAUCCAUAAAGAUGUUCUUACUCCUCUUGUCGCAUUCUUUCAAAAGUGUGGUGUUGGCUGGAUUCCCGAGAAGUGUGAAGGGAAGAAACACACAGACACUACAUCACAGAUCUUUACAGAAGCGGUGCAUCUGUUGUGGAACUUGUGUGAGGGGAGUGACCUGGCAGUCUCUGUUUUCAACAAGGAGAACCUAAUGCAGUAUUUGUUUCCGUGUCUUCAGCCAGAUGUGUAUGGUUAUGCUGUUGCUGUGGCUGUUGCCCAGUGUCUGCACACAGUGACUGAGGAUAACAAAAUGGCUGCCUCGUUUUGUAGACAAACUGAGAGUCAGUCUCUGUUACAGAAAGCCAUCUCACCAGAUGAGUGCUCCGAGAGUGUUCUGCUGUCCAUCCUAGCUACAGGAAUUCUAGUCAAUGCAUACAGUGGUGAGAUGUCGUCUGCAUCCGGUGAAGUUGUCAACAGAAUCAUCGCCACUGCGGUCAGCAUCCUGUCUAUCAAUACACAGAGUCUCAUCGAGUCCGCUGUCGACAGUGUUAAUCAGAAUGGAAACAGUAUGAAUGGAGAAGAUGGUGUUCUUGAAGAAGAGAGGAAGUCAUGGCCGAAGGGGAAACUCAAGGAUGUUCAUAAUAUUCUAACCGCUCAACAAGUGUCCUUGGAGAUCAUGGCUAACCUGUGUUGUUCUGAAGAUGAUUCUUGGGAAGACAUGGACAGCUGUGCGUCGAGUUCGUCAGACGACAUGCCGGCAGACAUUGAAAUGGAAGAAAGCAAUGACACCUCUUCUUUCACUCCACUUUGUGUUCCAACAGAAGUUCACAGUGCAUUUGAACAUCAUGACCUGCUCUCUAAGGUACUUUCUGCUGCACAGCCACUGAACGAGAAGAUCCUAGAGCUCUUGGAAUGCUGCCCAGGUGGCAACAAAAUCAUUAAAAGCUUGUCAACUGUUCAAGUUCAUGCCCUGCUGUGUGUCAACAACAUUGUAAACGCAAUGGAGGCCGGGGUUCUUGGCGGCCUGGCAAAUCUGCAUAAGAUGUGGGACGGGUUGGUGCAGCUGUCGCUGUCAAAGCAAGCGACAGAGAAGUUGGAUCUGCUUGAGGCCGUGACCAGUGCGAUGAGAGCGGUCAUUCAGAAACUAGCAGAGCUGGAUUCUCCAAAGUUUUCAGAGGUCACCCGUAAUGACCUGAACUUCCUGUUUAACCUGUCACAGCACUGUGAGGACAAACAGGUGCGAGUGAAUGCGAUACGAUGCAUGUCCACCAUCGGCUGCCUUCUCACCAAGAAUCAACAGCUGCACACUUUAUUAAAAGACAUGGGUGUUUUCCUGCUGGACUUGAUUGGCCAUGACUCUGAUCUGUGGAUCGUGGCAGAGGCACUGGAUGCGACGUUUGAUAUAUUUGGAGAGGACCACCUUGACCCCAUUGUGGUGGAGAUCGACCUUGUUGACAAACUCCGAAAGAUACUGCCCAUGUUGAAGUCGAGGAUUAACAGCCAGCGUGAAAACCUUGGUGAACACUACCCUGUGAUUUCCACUGCUAAGACGAACCUCGUGCGCUUCAUCAAAUACAAGUCGUCACAACACUGACUCGACUCACACGAUUUUGUCUUCCUCUCGGUCAUCUUUCCUUCCUUUCAUUUUUUAAAGAUACUUAAAUGUAUGCAAUCACUUUCCUGCAUGUCAAAUAAGCUUGCAUUUCUCCAGCCCUAAAGGUGCACUUUCACCAUUUGACUUGAAGUAACAAUCUGCAGCAUGCUGUUUGAUUCUAUAUUCAGAGUGAAGACAGUGGUGUUGUGAGGUGAUAUGGUGUGUUGAUAAGGGAUGAAAUAUAAUGCCUUCUCCCGUCCAAAGAAGAAAAAUCUACACCAUAAUUCUAAUAUUAGAUUAAUAUUUCUUGUAGUUAAAAUAUUUUAAUGGCCAUGAUUUUAUUGGAUUGAGGGGGUGGGGGGUGGGGUGGAUUUAGCUCAGUUGGUAGAGCGCUCAUUUGAAGUGCUUGGGUUUUAGGAUUGACACUCGGCAGAACCAUUGGAUUUUUCCCCAUCCCAACCAGUGACUGGUGUAUCAAAUAUGGUAUGUGCUGUCCAGUCUAUGGGAAAGUACAUAUAAAUGAUCCCUUACUGCUAAUGGACAAAUGUAGCAGGUUUCCUCAGAAUUACCAAACAUUUGACAAUGAUGGCCAAUGAUUAAUUACUAAGUGUGUUCUAAUGGCGUCAUGAAACAAAAAUGGACUUUUAACUUAUGGGAUCAGUUACAUUUUGGAUACAGUGAUUAAUUUACCACCUCACCCCGAUGCCUUUUGAGUCGUGAACAUACAGUUAAUCAGAUAGGGAAAUGGGAACUUCCAAUGCUUUGUAUUCCAUUUUAGCUUGUAGUUUAACAGUCACAUGCUGCAAAUUGUUAUUAAAAGUUAUAUUGUUAGAAUGCACCUACCCUUCUAUCUAGUUCUGUCCUCUAUUUACCAACGUCAAGUCAAAACCAAGACAUCAUUUUUAUGGUGUAAUUUUCUACAUGCUGAGUGGUCUGAUAAAAUACUUUGAGCACCUAAAGUGUUCACAAUAAUUAUGCAUGCAAUUUAUCUCAUUUUAAAAUAUUAAGGAGUUUUUAUAUGCCACAUACUAUAACUUUUUAUAAAAAUAUUUUUAGGGGUUUGUUAUUGCAUGGAAUAGUUUCGUAUCCAUUUUUAUUAAAACAAAAAAUAUUCUUGUACUCUUCAGAUGUCAUUACUGAAGGGAGAAAAAUCUUUAAUAUUCUUGGCUGUAUUGCCAUAAGCAGCCAGGUCCAAAGAAAUUACAAUAUUGUUAAUUUGCUGCAGGUAUGUUACUGAAUUGUUUUGUACUAUGACAUUGUCAUAAAGGUAUUAUUUUAAACUGUAGCUUUAUCAGUCCUGUUAACAUUUGAGAAUGAGUGAGAGUCAGCAGAUCAUUCUCGUGAAUAGUUAAUGCUACAAAUAGUGGUGUUAAGUACUUAGACAUUAUGCAUUCAAUUCAUACAUCUACUUGUAAGACAGAUGGAAAAUGGAGGAAAUUGUUUUGCACAAAUGAUAUUAAAAUAAAAAUCAAUUUUU